UUCUUAGUAGUCUGUGAGACGUGUUGUGGGGUGUUAGUUACGUACUGAAUGUUUAUUAAAUUUUGAUGUGUACCGCGUGAAUUUAUAGAAAAUAAUAAAUAUAUUAAAACUUAUCUUAAAGGUGCAAUAAAUGUAUUAACUCCUUGUGUGUUGUUAGUUGUUAAGAGUUUUUAGACAUACAAUGCGCGAAAGUCUUCGCCGGCUGGCGUCAGACGAAGGCACCAGUAUGGUGGGACUGCGCAGGACUGGCACGGGACGAGUUCGCGUUGAGCUGUUUAAUGGGGAACAUAUUACAUUAGAUAUUGAGCGUAAAGCCAGUGGCGCUGAUCUCCUGGACAAGGUGUGUGAUACCCUGGAUAUAUUGGAGAAGGAUUUUUUUGGACUGUUGCAUGCUCAGCGCGGUGACCCGCGAGUCUGGGUAGAUCUAGGACGACGACUUUCAAAGACUUUUAGAAAUGAGCCGUGGGACGUUCGUUUAGCCGUAAAGUUCUAUCCCCCGGAACCGUCUGAGUUGUAUGACGACAUCACACGAUAUCAGCUCAGCCUUGCAGUACGACGGGAUCUAAUGGAAGGCCGUCUCGUCUGCUCACAAAUAACGUAUGCCCUGCUUGCCUCGUACGUAUUACAAGCGGAGUUGGGGGACAAGCAAGGGGCGGUCAGCACGAGUACAUUAUGCGAACACAACGCGAUACCGUUUCACGUGCUUAACGAGGGGCAGCAAGAUAAUAUCGAACAGUUGUAUGCUAAACAUAGAGGCCAAACUCCAGCGGUUGCAGAACUGAAUUACUUGGAAAACGCAAAACGAUUGCCUUUAUAUGGCGCUGAAGUCCAUAAAGCGAAGGACUCUGAAGAUGUCGAUAUUAAUAUAGCUGUAUCGGCCGCUGGGAUCACAGUAUUAAGAGACGGGGUGAUAAUGAAUCGUUUCCCAUGGACCAAAAUUCUAAAAAUUAGCUACAAUAAGCGUUCAUAUACGCUACGUUUGCGUCCCAGUGAGUUUGAUGAGUUCGAGACACACUUGACUUUUAAACUACCCUCAUCCACCGCGAGCAAACGAUUGUGGAGAUGUAGCGUGGAACAUCAUAUGUUUUUUCGACGCGAAAUUCCAGUAAAAGUUGAGCGUAUAACCGGUUUCCCCCGGCUCGGGUCGAGACGUUUGUCCUGUCGGAGGACGCUGAGGCAAAUGCGUUCUGAAAUUCACGCACCCGAGCUUCUACCCGCAUGACAUUAUUUAACUACCCACAUGAUUAUUUAACAUACACGAAUACGUAGCUUAUUACACAAUAAAUAAAUAAUACCAUACAUAUAUUCAUUAAAAUAAAAUCACCUUGGUUGCGACUUUCACCUCUUUCUAACAAAUUAUGUUUGAGCCGAGAUAAAAAGAGACAGAAAACUUUAGUUGAAAACGGUGCGAUCAUUCUGUCUUGUUUUAUGAAAAAGAGGCUACUAAAAAAUAUUCUAAAUAAGACUUAGUUACUGAUGUCAAGUCCUCAUUAAAGUUAAUCUGUUGCAAAAUGUUGUUUUAAAGAAAACAGAACAUUUACUUUUCCAUUUAUUGAGUGAUAUU